AUGUACAACAUUGCCGCACUUCAUUCUAUUUUGGGCAUCAAAGAGAAACGAACAGAUGCAGACAGCAUGAAAAUCGCUUGUACUCAUUUUCAAUGUGCCUCUUGGGCUCUGAAUACACUAGUUGAGCGUCACCUACCUUUAUCAGGUGUAAAGGACUUGAACAAUGAUCUUAUGCUACUUUUCGGGUCGUUGAUGUUAGUACAAGCUCAAGAAUGCGUUGUAGAAAAGUCCAUAUUGGAUAAUAGACCAGCUAAUGUAACUGCUAAAUUAUCUCAAUACAUUAUGGAAAUUUAUGAAAAUAUUGGUGCUCAGCUGUUAGGAUUUGAGUCUAGUGAUAAAAUAGUCCCCCAAAAAUAUUACAAAGAAUGGCGUCGUCGAUGUCAAAUAAAGACUAGUUUUUAUUCAUCAAUCAUGGCUUAUUAUGCUGGUUUGAAUGAAGAAGAAAACAAGGUGUAUGGCAAAGCGAUAGCAUGGUUUACACUUGCUAAUAAUCACAUGGAAGAUUGUAAAACAAAUGCGAAAAGCUUCAAAGACUCAGAUAAUUCAUCUAUGAUAGUUUCAAGUGGCACCUAUCGUGCCAGUACCACUUAUGCUGGGGAAUUGAUCUCCAAUAA